AUGCUUGCACGCGGCCUCCGAGUAGCAGCCCAGAUCACCAAGCGCGGCCUCGCCGCCGCUGCGCCUGCCCAGAGCUCGACCGACCAGCUCCGAUUCACCUUCGCCUCGCCUGACAAGUCGAUUUUCAACAAUACAGUUGUGAAGCAGGUCGAUGUCCCAACAGUCGCCGGAAUUGUCGGUGUUUUGGCUAGCCACGUCCCGACCAUCGGGGUUCUGAAGCCGGGCGUCGUUCAGGUCACUGACAACGAGGGACAGGUCAGCAAAUAUUUCGUGUCUUCCGGAACCCUCUCCAUGAACAUCGACGGCUCCUGCCAAGUGCUGGCUGAAGAAGCGAUUAAGCUCGAGGAAAUCGAUGAGGCCGCCGCUCGCCAGGAAUUGGAAUCGGCCCAACGCGCUCAGAACGAGGGAAGCGAGAAGGACCGUGCUGAGGCUGGUAUCCGCGUCGAGGUUGCUGAUGCUCUGCUCAAGGCCGUGGGCGGAGGCCAC